AUGCGCGCUCUUUGGUGGCUCCUCGGGACGGUCGCCGCCGCGAUCCCGAAGAUCCCGAAGCAGGUCGUGCAGUACGGCCGUUUCCGGACGGCGAGCACGCUCCAGUACCAGUCCCUCUGCGCCAUCAUGCACCUCGUCCACGGCGCCGACGGCGCCGUCGCGUGCCACCACCUCGCGCGCGUCGACGCCCGGGGCGUGCCCCUGACGGCGCCCGGCGCGGCCCGCGGCGAUCGUCACACCUACCGCCCGCAGCCCCUGCCGCGGCUCGCGGCCGGCGAAGUCGCGGCGGCCUACAAGACGCACUUCCGCUUCGACGAGCGGAACGACCGCGACGUCUGGGUCUUCGCGACGACGAACGGCACGGACGACACGGGCCCGCUGGCGGCCCUGGGCUACGACGUCAAGCUGGUGCAGUCGACGGCGGAGCUCUUCGACCGCGGCGCGGCCGAAUUCGCGGCGCGCCUCGCGGCGCUCUUCGGCCUCGGCGACGGCGCGCUGCGCCAGCUCCACGACUACGCGCGCUACUGGGAUAUUCUGCGCCCA